UCCCAGAAACCAAGCAUGGCUCCCAAACGACGGCCUGCAAACGUAGUCCGCUCAGGAAACGCCGGCAACUCUUCAAAGCCAGCGCCCAAAGAUAAGGAAAAAGAUGCUAAAUCUUCAACGCCCGAUAAUGCACCGUUUGGGACUUUUAAAGACGGCACUCCUAGGCCGCCACCUCUUUUCCCGGCCGGGUACAAGUCGCCUGUAACGAUAUUGAAUGAAAAAUGUCAAAAAAUGGGCUGGGAGAAACCUGUGGUGGAGAGUUUUCAAAAUAGAGGAUCGGAUCCGCAAACAUACACCGGCUCGGUGACGCUCAGGAAGCGGACCAGCAAGAAUAUCUACAACCUCGACGAAGUGCGAUUGAUUCCUCAUCAACCGUUGAGGAUUGAGUCUGCCGCUGAGGCCAAGCAUUAUGCCGCAACUUAUGCAUUAUUCAGAUUCUGCUCGCAUCUCCCAAUGUCUAUGACUCUCCCUCCAUCUAUACGGCCGUACUGGUCAGAACUGACUGCCGAAAAAGCUGCCGCCUCAGCUCACAGGGCUUGGGAGUACAAUCCAGAUCCUUUUGCUGCGAAGAAAGAGGUAUCAGAUCGACAAGAGAAGCGAAAACAAAAGGAGGAGAAAGACAAAGAAGUUGGUCCCUCGGGAGAAAGUGCGAAGGCAAAGGAGGCAAGGGGAAGCGGAGGACGUGGGUGGGAUAAUGCACCAGAGGUGAAAAUGGCAGCUUCAUUGAGGGAAAUGGUCGAAGGAACGGUGAGAAAGAUGAUGCAGCAAUUCCCAUCUGCUGUACUGGAAGCCAGCAGAGAUGCUGCAUCAACCGUAUCAACCGCUCCAUCUGGCAUCUCAACUCCUGCUCUUGACCUAUCUACCCUCCAAACACAGCUCACUACCCUCGCGUUCCGGCCUUCGCACAUCGCUUCCUGUUUGUCCGCUGUUUCCUCCGCGACUGCAAGACUCAAAUCCUCUUCUUCUUCUUCGACUAACGACCCUCUCGUACUCUCCCUAAGUAUUUUAUCCCCUCUGGAAGCUGCUAUCGAAUGGUUACUGCUACAUGUACCAGAAGACGAUUUACCUGGAAGAUAUCGACCUUCUUCAAGUUCGGCGGAUUUUAUUACUGGAGCCAGCGCAAAGGCCGGCGGGAAAGAUGCGCUCGUCAAGGGAUGGUUAACUGACAAGUUGGUGAAGCAAGCCGGAUUUCCAAGGAAAGCGGUGGAAAAAGUGUUGGAAACCGAGGAACGUGAAUCUGUAGCGCUGGAUAUUCUGGGUAGACGGUUAUGCGGCUGGGAAUCAGGAGAAGAUGGAUGGGGUGCAGAAGAAUAUGGAGAUGGGUGGACGGGAGAUGGAAAGGAGAGGGAAGAGAGGCAGCAACACAGGGAAGAAGAGAUCUUGGCUCUCCAAGCUGUUUUGGGUGAAAGGUAUGAAGAAACGUCGGCUAUCUCUUUUACCAUCCACAUCGGGCAAGAGACCACAGGCGGGAAUGAUACCCUUGCGUUACACAUCAUCUUCGAUGAAGCCUCCCCUUACCCCUCCGCCUCCUACCCUACCUGCGCACCAGCAUUCUACCUUACUUCCGACACUCUUCCAGCAUACAUCCGCCUCCACCUUCACUCCCAGCUUUUAAGACAAUUCCGCGAUCCGGAGAGGCAUGAUCUCCGUUCUGUCCUCGAAAGUGGAUGGGGAGGAGCAGUGUUGAGUAUGGUAGAAUAUCUCGAGACCACCUUAACCAAAGUGGUGGAGAACCCUCCGGAUGUAGGAGAGGUUACAAAGUAUCUUGUACCGAAAGUGGAGGAGGUCAUACCGCGGGCAGAGAAGGAUAUGCAACAGAAGAAGAGACAAAGGUCUCAGAAAGAAAUGGGUGAGAAAAGAGCCCCAACGAAGGAGGAUGAAGAGAGAGUGAAGAGGAAGAGGCAAGAGAUGUUGGAUCAUCCCGAAUAUGAGAAGAUGAUGAGUGACAGGAUGAGUUUACCUGCGUGGAAGGAAAAGGAUAAUAUCACAGGGGCUCUGAAGGAUAAUAGAGUUUUGGUUGUCGUUGGUGAAACUGGUUGUGGUAAAAGUACUCAACUCCCUCAAUUCAUCCUUGACGACGAAAUAUCUGCUGGCCGUGGCGCUUCCGCCAAUAUCAUCGUCACCCAACCUCGUCGUGUAGCCGCGAUGGGUGUUGCCUCCCGUGUCGCCCAAGAACGUAUGGAAGACCUUGAUAAAUCCCCUGUGGCGGGUACAGUGGGUUACGCAAUCCGUGGCGAACGGCGAGCAGGGCCAGAUACGAGUCUCUUGUUCUGCACAACUGGUGUCGUACUCAGACGGUUGGGCAGUGGGGACCCUGAUUUGAAAGGGGUCAGUCAUGUGGUUGUGGAUGAAGCGCAUGAAAGAGGAGUGGAUACGGAUUUGUUGAUUUGUUUAUUGAGGGAUUUGCUGGAGAGGAAUAAGACGAUCAAGGUUAUUUUGAUGUCUGCUACUAUCAAUGAACAAAUCUUUAUUGACUAUUUCGGUGGAUGUCCCAGCUUGAAGAUCCCAGGUUUCACCCAUCCAGUGAAGGACUACUACCUCGAAGACAUCAUAUCCGACUUACACUACUCUCCUACACCUUCUCGUUUUGGGCCCCGCCCAUCUGAAGAACAAAAAGCGUCAAUUCGCGCCCAAUUUGCCAAACUCAGUCUUUCCCCCGAUUCUCAGCGCGCCUUGGAGAUUCUCUCUGCCUCAGAUCGUAUUGACUAUUCGCUUGUGGCUGCUGUCGUUAAGCACAUCAUCAACAACGCCACCUCUCCCGACGGUGCCAUCUUGAUCUUCAUGCCAGGUGUGAUGGAAAUUCGUCAGUGCAUCAGUGAACUCCAAACAACCUCCCUGGGAUCAGUAGAAAUUAUGCCCCUCCAUGCAAAUCUCUCAAGUGCUGAACAACGAAGGGUCUUCCUCCCUACUAAACCCAAGCGAAAAAUUGUCGUGGCCACAAACGUUGCGGAGACGUCUGUUACCAUCCCCGACGUGAUUUACGUGGUUGAUGGAGGGAAAGUUAAAGAGACGCAGUAUGAAGCUGGGAAUGGGAUGCAAAAGCUGGUUGAAUGCUGGACCAGUCGAGCGUCGGGUAGGCAGAGAAGAGGUCGUGCAGGUCGAACACAACCGGGAGAGUGUUACAAGCUUUAUACCCGACAAACUGAAAAUAACAGCAUGCCCCGAUUCCCCGUUCCCGAAAUUCUUAGAACACCUUUAGAGGCAUUAUUCUUACAAGUCAAGGCUAUGAAUGAGGAUACGGAUGUGAAGGCGUUUUUGAGCAAGGCGAUCGAUCCGCCGAAGUUGGAUGCCAUCAAUGCUGCAUGGCAGACACUUCAGGAUCUUGGUGCGGUUGAAGGAGAAGAUCACAAGAGUCGUCUUACCGCUCUCGGUAGACAUAUGAGCGCCAUUCCUGUAGACUUGCGUCUUGCAAAGAUGCUUAUUCUUGGUACUAUCUUCAAGUGCCUGGACCCGAUUCUCACAAUUGCGGCCUUGCUGUCAUCAAAACCUCUUUUCACCUCCCCUAUCGACAAGCGUGACGAAGCAAAGAAAGCCCGAGAGUCUUUUGCUUGGGCAAGAUCUGAUCUGCUCACCGAUGUGAGAGCGUACGAUGCCUGUAUAGACGUGAGGAAGAAGGGCGGUAGUCACGGUGCGGUCAGGCAAUUCUGCGAACAAAAUUUUAUCUCUCCCACCACACUUCGAGAUAUUACCUCCCUUCGAUCCGACUUCCUUUCCGCCCUUUCUUCUCUCGGGUUCAUGUCCUCUUCGUCAAGCGCGGCAGAGCUCGCCAAAUAUAAUGUGAACGCCAAGGUGGACAACCUCGUGAAAGGAGUUGUCGUCGGCGGUCUUUAUCCGCGAGUUGUCAAGAUUGCCAUGCCGAAAGCUCAGUUUGAGAGAGUGCAGCAGGGAACAGUGCAAAAGGAUCACGAAGCAAAAGAGGUCAAACUCUACGAUCAAUCUGGUCGUGUAUUCAUUCAUCCCAGCUCUAUCUUAUUUACAGAAUCCGGUUUCAAAUCCGGAUAUCUGACUUACUUCUCGAAGAAUGAGACAAGCAAAGUUUUUUUGAGAGAUGCCACAGAGGUGCCGCUUUACGGGCUUUUGCUCUUCGGAGGAAAUAUCACAAUCAACCAUUGGGCUGGAGGUAUUAUGCUUGGUACAGACGGCCAUGUCAAGAUACGAGCAAACACGCGUAUAGGUGUUUUGUGUUCUCAAUUGAGACGGCUUCUUGACGCGCAGUUAUCUGAGCAAAUCGAGUCGCCCCAUGCCGCAGAUUUGACUGGUCACGAGGAGGUAGUGCAGGCAAUGUUGGCAUUGCUGCAGCGGGACGGAUUGUCCAUAUAGUAGACUUCAAGUAGCAUUUUUUACAUAAUCUUGCAUCAAUCUUGCAUUCACUGUACAAGUGACCGACAAAUUUUGAGAACGGGUCAAGGGUUUAUGCAUUACCAU